AUGACUUGGCAGUCUUUUGUUGGGUUAUUUGAGAGGGAGUAUUGCACUGCCAGGGACUUGGAGGUGUUGGAGCAGUCGUUCUUGACUCUCAAAAAAGGGGAUAACUCUGUGGAAGAGUAUGCUAAGUUGUUUACUGAGAAGAUGACAUUUUGUCCACAUUUGUGCGCUACUGAAGCAGCUACUGUUACUCGUUUUGUGAAUGGGCUUCUAGCUGAGUAUCGUGGGUUUUGUAGGGGUAAAACUACAUUGAGUUUGGCUGUUGAUGAGGCCAAGCGUGUGGAGUAUGAUUUGGGGUCCAAGGUUAGGAAGGAUGGUAAUUCUGGCUUCAAAAGGAGCAAUGAUAGGUCUUCAGGGUCCAAUAAAAGGUUUAAGGGUAAUUCUUCUAAUAGCAACAAUGAUAAGCAGUUGGGAAGUUGGUGCGUACGGUGCAAAUCAAAGCAUACUGGUCUGUGUUCUCCUAGUACUAUGAGUUGUAGCAGGUGUACCGGUAUGGGCCAUCUUGCUAAGGAUUGUACAGCCGAGCCUCGUUGUCAUUAUUGUAAGCAUACAGGGCAUCAGAAACCAGAUUGUCCCAAACUGAAGCCUAUCGAUAACAAGAAUGAGCGACCGAAGACUACAGCUCGUGCCUUCAACAUGACUGCUGAGCUUGCUCGAUCAGAUGAUGAGGUAGUUAGUGGUAUAUUUAUUAUUAAUUAUUCUCUUGCUAAUGUGUUAUUUGAUUCUGGUGCAAAUAGAUCUUCUGUGUCUACUUUAUUUGCUCCUAAGCUUGGUAAAUUGACUCGCCCGUUAGAUAAACCUAUUGAGGUUGAGGUAGUUGAUGGUUGA